GCCGCCAAACAAAAAUAAAGCCAAAGCUGUUUGAAAGACUAGAACUAUAUCUGAAUCAAACUUUAGUGAGUGUUUUUAACAAACAUGUCACAAUAAAGCUAAUGAAUUGUUUUAGUAUAUAGAGGUUGGUAAUUCCUCUAGCUCUGUAUAAAUAUUGGACUUGAGAUUCAGAGAAGGCACAUUUUAUAUAAUCAGAUAGUUUCUCUAAAAGCCACUGCACAUUUUUAGAUUUCUUCAGUCAAGUAUAGCUUGUUGUUCCUCCCAUUAAGACGCUCUCUGUGCAUUCGGUGCUUGGGAUUUACCUACAUUGAAGUACCUGUGGGGAAAUGUGGACUGGCUCACCUUAGAAAAUUAAAACUCCUUGUACUGUUAAGGAUACCUUCUUUUCUCUCCAUCCCCCCACCCCCCAAGCUUUGGGUAUGAUGGCCUGCAUCCCUUCCUAGAAGGAAUCUGUCUUUGGAGAACAGUUCAGUUGUACAAAACUGAACAGCACCACGGUUGAACAGGACUUUGGUGAUGGCUUAUGUCCUCUGCAGUUUUGUUGUAUUGGAAGCAAGGUCUUGGGUUUGGAGUUGGAUUUUUCUCAGCAGUGGAAACAGGCUAGUACUGUACAAUCUUUGGAAGCAGCAGUUGAGACAGUAGCUGUUACUGUUGUAGGACCUGGGUGCUGUAGUCACCGGUGACUCCUCCUCCAUUCUGACUGUUCUUCAUUCCUGAGCUGGACAGGCUAGUGAGAGCAGCAAAUCAUCCUCACUAGGAAGGAGGGCUCUCUUGCCAUGCCUCCUUGCAGCCCUUCGGGACAGUGGAACUCCAAAGCAGCAGAAGCCAAAAUGUGGCUGACUUCUGUUCUCUCAGUUUGGGGCUCUUUCGAAACACCAUGGAAGCCGCAUCGGGCACAUGCAGCUAUACCACAGACACAGACUGACAGCAGGCAAACCUGAACACCUACCUCUUCAUGAUGCAGGCCCAGGGCAUUUUGCUGCGGGACAACGUGAGAACCAUAGGUGCCCAGGUGUAUGAGCAAGUGGUUCGCAGUGCAUACGCCAAGAGGAACAGCAGCCUCAACGACUCAGAUUACCCUCUUGACUUGAACCACAACGAAACCUUCCCCCCAACUACGACAUUUCUUCCUGAAGACUUCACCUACUUCGCACACCUUCCCUGCCCGGAGAGGCUCCCUUCCAUGAAGGGCCCAAUAGACAUAAACAUGAGUGAAAUUGGGAUGGACGACAUUCAUGAACUCUUCUCCAGAGACCCCACCAUCCGGCUGGGAGGUCACUGGAGGCCUUCUGACUGCAUGCCUCGAUGGAAGGUGGCAAUUCUCAUCCCCUUCCGGAACCGCCACGAACACCUCCCAGUCUUGCUCAGACACCUGAUCCCCAUGCUUCAGCGCCAGCGACUGCAAUUUGCAUUUUAUGUGGUUGAGCAAGUUGGCACUCAACCCUUUAAUCGAGCAAUGCUUUUCAAUGUUGGUUUCCAAGAAGCAAUGAAGGACUUGGAGUGGGACUGUCUGAUUUUUCAUGAUGUGGAUCAUAUACCAGAAAGUGAUCGCAACUAUUAUGGAUGUGGACAGAUGCCCAGGCACUUUGCAACUAAAUUGGAUAAGUACAUGUAUCUGCUUCCUUAUACGGAGUUCUUUGGUGGAGUGAGUGGCCUAACAGUGGAACAGUUUCGGAAAAUCAACGGCUUUCCUAAUGCUUUCUGGGGCUGGGGUGGAGAAGAUGACGACCUCUGGAACAGAGUACAGAAUGCAGGCUAUUCUGUGAGCCGGCCAGAAGGGGACACAGGGAAAUACAAGUCCAUUCCUCACCACCAUCGAGGGGAGGUCCAGUUCCUUGGAAGGUACGCUCUGCUGAGGAAGUCAAAGGAGCGGCAGGUGCUGGAUGGCCUCAACAACCUGAACUACUUUGCAAACAUCACGUACGACGCCUUGUAUAAGAACAUAACUGUCAACUUGACACCCGAGCUGGCUCAGGUGGCCCCUCAAAAGUGUAAUCCCCAUGAAGAUGGAGAAAGUUUUGUUCUCUCUGUUCCAGCCCAGUGCCAAGAACUAGGCCUGGUCCAUAGUAAGUGCUCAAAAAAUAUCUGUUCAGCGAUUGACUGCAUGUCUUUCUUCCUUUGAUGACUGGUUGUAGUAAUCCACUGUAUUUGGUGUUCAGUUGUGGAGUUCACCAUCACUGUGUACCACAGUGAACACAGGUGCACACAAAUCCAUAAGCACCUAAAUGACGAGACCCCUGUGAGAGUUCAAGAAACACAGUUGCUAGAACAAAGGG